AUGGCUGCCACCAAGCAUAAGUUGCCUGAAAAUGAGGCCAAUGGCGCCGAGGAUGCCGUGCGACCGAGCAAGAAGUCCAAGGUCCAGAAUGGCGACAUUGAGACUGAGAAGCAGAAGUUGAAGAGGGAGAAGAAGGAGAGAAAGGAGAAGAAGAAGGAGAAGAAGAGCAAGGCUGUCGAGUCCGAGGAGACUACCCCCGCCGCCGAAGAAGAUGCCGAUUCCGAAGCAGAGCGCAAAGCCGAGAAGGAGCGAAAGAAGGCCAAGAAGCUGGCCAAGAAGGAGAAGAAGUCCAAGGAGGCUGCGCAAUCAGAGUCCGCUGAGCCAGAGGCAACCAACGGCGAGAAGAAGGACAAGAAGGAGAAGAAGAGCAAGAAGAGCAAUGGCGCCGAAUCGAGCGCCGACUCCGAGUCGAAAUACGUUCAGACCAUCAGCCUCUCCGACGUGCCUCAAUCCGAGAUCGACGCCUUCCUCUCCACCAACCAGAUCACAAUCACCGACCCCAAGACCGACAAGGUCACUCUCCGCCCUGUUCUUCAAUUCCAUCACCUCCCCUCCACCAACCUCCUCGAGAAGACCCCCUCCCCCUUUGCCAACUACAAGGCCCCGACGCCUAUUCAGUCCGCAUCCUGGCCCUUCACACUUUCCGGCCGCGAUGCCAUCGGUGUUGCCGAGACUGGCUCCGGAAAGACCAUGGCAUUCGCCAUUCCCUGCGUCGAGACUGUCGCCGCUGUUGGCGGCAAGAGCGUCAAGGCUGUCAUUGUCUCGCCCACCCGUGAGCUCGCAAUGCAGACACACGCUCAGAUGGAGGCUGUUGCCUCUCUCCUACGGCUCAAGUGCGUCUGCCUCUUCGGUGGCGCAUCCAAGGACGACCAGCGCGCCCUCAUGAACCGCGGCGCCGACAUCAUUGUCGCUACCCCCGGCCGUCUCAAGGAUUUCAUGUCUGACGGCACCGUCGAUCUAAGCUCCGUCAAGUUUGCCGUUCUCGAUGAGGCUGAUCGCAUGCUGGACAAGGGUUUCGAGGACGACAUCAAGGAGAUCCUCGGUGCCUGCCCCCCACGCGAAAAGCGCCAGACCCUCAUGUUCACAGCUACAUGGCCACAGACUGUCCAGGCGCUCGCUUCCACCUUCAUGGUCAGCCCCGUCAAAAUCACCAUCGGAUCCAGCGGAAAGGAGACAUCCAGUGGAGCUGUGGAGCUCCAGGCCAACACCCGUAUCACCCAGCAGGUCGAGGUUAUUGACCCCAAGGACAAGGAGUUCCGCCUUCUACAGAUCCUCAAGAAGUACCAGCAGGGCAAGGCCCGCAAUGACCGUAUCCUCGUCUUCUGCUUGUACAAGAAGGAGGCCACACGCGUGGAGGGUUUCCUCCAGCGCAAAGGUAUCAACGUCGGAGGUAUUCACGGCGACCUGAAACAGGAGCAGCGAACCAGGAGUCUCGAGGCUUUCAAGUCCGGCCAGACCCCUGUUCUCGUCGCGACUGAUGUCGCCGCCCGAGGUCUUGAUAUCCCCGAAGUCAAGCUCGUCGUCAACGUCACGUUCCCCCUAACCAUCGAGGACUACGUUCACCGUAUCGGACGUACCGGACGUGCCGGGAAGACUGGUGAAGCCAUCACUUUUUUCACCGUACAAGAUAAGGCCCACUCUGGAUCUCUGAUCAACAUCCUCAAGGGUGCGAACCAGGCCGUGCCCGAGGACCUUCUCAAGUUCGGCACCACCGUCAAGAAGAAGACCCAUGACAUGUACGGCGCAUUCUUCAAGGAUGUUGACAUGAACCAAAAAGCGACCAAGGUCACUUUUGACGACGACGACUGA